AUGCAGCAGCCUUUCUUGCCAGGAUCAGCUGCAGAGCUGCCAGAUGUGGACAUAAGGCAUCUGAAAGCAAUCUGCGAUGAGUCCGACCUGUUGGACAUUGCGCCAGAGGAAGGAGGUGACUGGUCAGCCACCUUCCGAGGGCGCGUCCAAGUGUUUGUAGAUAUCUACAGCCCCACGGACGAUUUUGCUCUCGAGACCUGGCGGGCUGCCAGAGAGUACUUCCAUUCCUUGCCUGAGAGCGAAGCCCUGCUUCCCGGAGGUCGCUACUCCUGUGCGCAGGCCCUGGUUCAGAGGCAGCUGCCGUUCCUCAGUGGCUUUUCGCUGGGUGAGGUCUGCCAUCUUGUGCAGCUGGCGAUCUCCAAGCACAAGAUACUAGGGUACUGUAACGGCGCCGUGGUGCCUUACAGCCGAUCUCAGUCGCGCGUGAAGGAGGAGUGCGCGGAGUCGCAGCAGCCGUGCGUCCAUGCGCCGAAAGAGGAUCCGGCGCUCACCCUGGCCUUGGCCACCUUGGAAAAGGCGCGGGAGCACCUUCGAGAGAUCCUGGCCUCGGCAGAGGUGCCCUGCGCCACGGGGCCUUCGAUGAUACCCCUGAGCAAUGUGAAGCGGCUGUUCCGGUCUAGGUACCAGAUCGAGCUGAGCGAGACAGCUUUGGGGCACUCGAAGCUCUCGGAGCUGCUGCAAGACCAGCGCUUUUCCGACAUCUGUGAGGUGCAACUUCAAGGGCAAGGCUACAUCGUGGUGCAAGCGCAGGCCAAAAACGAGCCCAUGGAGUUGGUCCCGAGCCGCUACGCUGGAGGACCCAUUGGUCCCACACGUGCCGACGACUCCGAGAGCCAAAGAACUCUGGGGAACUUGGCCAGCCUGGCCGUCGACUGCGCGCUGACACCGGUCAUCGACAGCAGCAAGUACGAUAGCCUGGACUUGUGCCAGGAACCUUGUCGGCCGUUCUGCGUGGGCGAGCCGCUCGCACUUGAGGAGGCCGGCUUCUGUGACCGGUUUCCUCCUGGCCUCGCUGACAGGGAGGUGAAGAACACUUUCAUCCACUCAGCAGUGACGCCGCUGGUCACACCAGAGCCAGGCUCCUUCCGGCGCUCGCAGUCUGUGCCGAAGGACGUGGCCUUUGCCUGCGACAUGGACAAGAUCCUCACCGCUGGCCGCGACACGGCUUGUAGGUCCCCGCCGACUUAUAGUGUCGUACCCUCGCCUGCAUUUCUGCCUCCCCCGACGCCGAGCUCCCCACUCUACUCACGUGGCUACGAGGCGUUACUUCUGUCGCAGAUGGAGCAAUCUCACCCGUUGAACACAGUCAUUCGCCUGGCAGACCUGAUUUGA